AUGCCAGGACGUCAAUCCCAUGGUCGAAGCCUUCUGGGUAACUCGCAACCCAAAGCCUCGAAGCGACCCAACCAGAAGUCCAAAACGAAAGCCCGGGCCCACGCACUCGAUGCCUUCGCCAUCGCUGGAAAACAAGUCCAGCCGGACCGCAUGACAAGGCGCGGCAGAGACCUUGAGCUCGACCCCGAGAGAAAAGCCGGGGGCGGCAAGCACCGUCGGGACGAGGAUGACGAAGACGACGAAGAAGAUGAUGAGGACGAGGACGAGGGUCCCCGCAAGAAGCGCCCACGACAAGACGCUGCCGAUGAUGACGAUCAAAGCGAAAGCGAUGGCGAGGAAGUGGAUGGCGGCAGUGAUAGCGAGGGGCACGAGUGGCACGUUGGUGUCAACUCCGACGAUGACGACUCGGAGAUUGAGAGUGACGAGGCCUUUGGAGAAAGUGACGACGAGAAAUUCGACGGCUACGCUUUCGGAGGCGGUCAAACGCAGAAAAAGAAGAAAAGAGAUGAGAGCCCUGGUGAUGAAGAUGGUGAAGAGGAUGAUGGCGGCGAUGACGGUGAAUCGCUGGGCUCGGAUGCUAUCGACCUCGCCGAUGCGCUGAUGCAGUCCUCAGAUGAGGACGAUGAAGGCUCCCAGGGAGAUACCGAGUCUGGGUCGGACGAAGAGGACUCGGACUCAGAGACCGAUGUCGACGACGAGGAUAGCGAUUCCGACGAGUCUGACGAUGAAGUAGUUCCGGCCAAGCGGGCCGAACUUGAUCAACUGCUCAAACGCUAUGCGGAUCCGGACGAAAAGGACACAGAAGCAAACAGUGGGCCGCGCUCAAAAGACGCGAGCCUCAUACAAGGCCUUGGGUUGUCGGACGUCAGGGACCCUCUCAUGAAGAAGAAGUUAAAACAGAUGAGAAAGGAGGAAAGAGUUGAGGCGGGCAAGAAGGGCACAUCCAAGAGGCUUGAUGUACCACUCGCCAGGCGACGACAAGACCAGCUAGACCGAAUUGCGGCGUACGAGCAAACGAACAAGACGCUAGACAGGUGGAACGACACAGUCAAGCAGAAUCGCCGCGCGGAUCACCUCAUGUUCCCACUUCCGGACACUCUUACCGAUGCUGGCCUUGACAAUGGCGAACUUCUUCCCUUAACCAAGAAGACCGCUGGCACGGAGUUGGAGCAAGCAAUUAUGUCUAUUAUGGAGGAGUCCGGUCUCGGGCCUGCUUCUCGGUCACAGAAGGAACAGGAAAAGAAGGCUGAUGCCAAUGACGAGGAGCAGACCAUCUCUCGCUCUGAGCUGAAAGAUCUCUGGGCUCAGCGCCGCAAGGAACGUGAAGUACAGUCUCGCGAGCAGAAGCGCGCAAAGCGCAUCAAGAAGAUCAAGUCCAAGACAUACCGCAGAGUUCACCGCAAAGAGCGACUGGGCGAAGAAGCCAAACUGCAUGAGGAUAUGAAGGCCACCGGGGAGAUUGAUUCUGAGGACGAGCGCGAGGCUGCCGCCCGGCGGCGUGCUCUGGAGAGAGUGGGCGCAAAGCACAAAGACAGCAAAUGGGCUAAGAUGGGGUCCAAAGUCGGUCGCGCUGCGUGGGAUGACGAUUACCGGGCGGGUCUUACCGAUAUGACCAGGAGAGAUGAGGAGCUGAGAAGGAGGGUCGAAGGGAGGACUGGUGGGAGUGAAGGUGAAGAAGGUGACUCGGAUGCGACAUCUUCAUCGGGGGAUGAGGACGGGAACUCCAGACUGCUCAAGGAGCUCGAUGGAGAUGACGAGGACGAAGAGGACGGUCCACAUGCCAAUCUCAUGAAGCUGAAGUUCAUGCAAAGGGCCGAGGCGGCACGCAAACAGGAAAAUGAUGGGCUCGUAGCGGAAAUCCGUCGUGAUCUUGAAUCUGGAUCCGAGCAAGAGGACGAAGACGACGCUGAGGUCCAGGUUGGACGACGAUCUUACGGCCUCCCAGAACAGAAGAAGCGCCUGCUGCGAGAAGUAAAGCUCUCGGUUGCCAACAGUGCAAAGGAGAAGACCUCGAAGGGCGGACUCUCGAACAACAACAUGCACACCUCGUCUGCGACAGACAUCAACGAUGCGUCAUCAGCCCCGAGCGGAGCAGGUGCAUGGUCACGCGGGAAAUCAGCUGUUGUUGAAAGGAAGAAGAAGAAAGUUCCAGGUGACAGGCGUGAGGAUGAUUUGGAGCUACAUGACGCUACACUGGCCAGCCAGCCACCAAAAUCUUUCAAGACCAAGACCAAGACGGCAUCCAAAGGAGCAAUUGAGGGCCUCUCGUCCACUUUGCAAGCCGGGGACGACUCUUCAGACGAUGAGAUUCACCAUCCCCUUGCGGUCCGGGAUCUUGACCUUGCCAACCACGCUUUUGCGGGCGAUGAAGUCGUGGCUGAGUUCGAAGCAGAGAAAGAAGCCAUCAUGUCAGAGGACGACGAGAAGAUAGUCGACAACAUGAUGCCGGGCUGGGGCAGCUGGGCCGGCGAGGGUAUCAGCAAACGGGCCUUGAAGCGCAAUAAGGGCAAGGUGAUGACCAAGAAAGAAGGCAUCAAGAGGAAGGACAGGAAGGACGCAAAGCUGGAGCGAGUCAUUAUCAAUGAGAAGAGGAAUCGCAAGAACGAGAAAUUCCUCGCCUCCCAGCUCCCUCACCCUUUCGAGUCCAGGCAGCAGUACGAGCGGUCUCUCCGCCUCCCUGUUGGACCCGAAUGGAUGACGAAGGAGUCAUUCCAGGCGUCGACAAAGCCGAGGGUCAUCGUGAAGCAAGGAAUCAUCGCGCCCAUGGCGAAGCCCACGAUUUGA